CAUCAGCAGACGCCAUAUUGAGAACGUUGUGUAGAGAAUGUGUUGUUGGUUUCUUUAAAUGUCAGUGUUAUAUUAAUGACGUUUGUUUCGUAUGAUAGCUGUCAUAUUUGCAGUACUUAUUACGUUUGAAUCCAAGUAAGGUCUAUUAUAAUCAUGAAUCGUAGUGAUGGACUAGUGCAAAGACGAAAUGUGUCAAGAGAAAAUGGAGAAGGAGUGGCUAAAGAUACUCUUAAUUCUGAUGAUAAGAAAUCUACAGAGAGAGAUGAAGAAUUGGAAGAUGGGGAUUCCAAAGAAACUAGGCUGACACUUAUGGAAGAAGUUCUACUGUUAGGAUUGAAAGACAAAGAGGGCUAUACAUCAUUUUGGAAUGACUGCAUAUCUAGUGGGCUACGAGGAUGUAUCCUCAUUGAGUUGGGAAUUCGUGGCCGCAUAGAAUUGGAAAAAGCUGGCAUGAGACGGAAGAGUCUACUAAAUCGCAAGUUACUUGUUAAGAGUGACACACCAACAGGAGAUGUUUUGCUUGAUGAGGCCCUAAAGCAUAUGAAGGAUACGGAUCCACCAGAAACUGUACAAAGUUGGAUUGAAUAUCUUAGUGGUGAAACGUGGAACCCGUUGAAGUUGAGAUACCAGCUGAAGAAUGUACGUGAAAGAUUAGCUAAGAACCUGGUAGAAAAGGGCGUGCUUACAACAGAAAAACAGAACUUCCUCUUAUUUGACAUGACGACACACCCUCUCACUGAUAACGUUGCGAAAUCACGCCUGGUGAAAAAGGUUCAAGACGCGGUGUUGGGGAAGUGGGUGAACGAUCCUCAUCGUAUGGAUAAACGCUUGCUGUCCCUCAUCUUCCUGGCACAUGCCUCGGACGUACUAGAGAAUGCGUUCGCUCCACUCAAUGACGACGAUUAUGAACUCGCUAUGAAACGUGUCCGAGAACUUCUUGACCUGGACUUUGAGGCUGAAAGUAUGAAACCAAAUACAAAUGAAACCGUAUGGGCCGUAUUUGCUGCGUUCACCAAAUAAGAAAUGCGGUUCCAUUCACGGAAAACAUAACACAAAUCAUGAUUUACGUCUUCUUGAGCUUCAAUCCUAAAGCAACGUGAGGAGUAACCAUUUUGCUUAAAAAUGUAUGAGUUCUGAAUAAAAAAAGGUAUGUAUGUGUGUGAAAGACUUGGUUUUCCUUGGUUGGUGCUCAAGAAGUUUGUAACUGCGCCUUGUACGCUGAUCUACGAGGCGUAGAACGUUGAGACAUCUGAAGCAACAGUUGAUAUCUGUUACACAAUGCCACCUCCAGUAUGAUUGAGAAUAUAAAGUUAUAUUAUUAUAAGCAUUGUUCAGCAUCUGCUGUGUGGUUUAUGGUUAAUAUUUUAUAUAUGAAAGCACUGAAGUGUAGUUUCGAUAAUAGUAAUACAGGUUUAGUCAAAAAGUAGCUGCACGCUUUUGGAGGACUGUAACCCUGUUACCUGCAGCCAAAAUUGCGCUGAUAUCAGCAGAUGUCUGUAGAGCGUAACCUCAAGUUUCGUCUGUUUGUUGCGCUUGUGAAUUGUGGAAAACAAAAUGGAGACAUGGUGGCGCGGAACGAGCGCGAUGUGCAUUCUGGUUCGAACAAACGAAUCCUCUCAUUGCGUAAGUGUGGUCGCAACUGAAAUUCAACAGAAUUUUUGUACGCGGUUCGGCAGAAAUGCUCCGAUCAAACAUUCUGUGUACGAGUGGCAUAACAGCUUUACUGAUACAGGUCUGUGGAUUGGGAGGGCAGGUCCAGUCGCUUGGCCACCUCAUUCACCGGAUCUCACACCAGCAGAUUUUUCUUCCUACUGUGAUACAUUAAGGAUCACGUUUACCACCCACACACCCAACGAUCUUAGAGAAUUACGGGAGAGGAUUCAUUUGUUUGAACUACAACACACAUCGCGCUCUUUCUGCGCCAAUAUAAGUCUCCAUUUUGUUUUCCACAAUUCACAAGCGCAACAAACAGACGAAACUUGAGGUUACGCUCUGCUGAUAUCAGCGCAAUUUUGGCUGCAGAUAACUCGGUUACAGUUCUCAAAAAGUUUGCAGCUACUUUUGACUUACCCUGUAUUUUAUAGAAUUAUGCUCCAAGUUCCUUAAAAUAAUGUAUCAGCGUUACGUUUCGGUGGAGUAAUGUGUUACAAAGGCAAAAAAAAAAAAUAUAUCCUUGCGACUGUAUACAAGUAGGAGCCAUUCUGAUGCAUUUCACAGGAUGCAAUGCGAAAACUAUUGUGUAAUACUUGGGAAUAUAAAAAUACCUUUCUUUCUAGUUCGCUUUAUGACGUACAUUAUGGUUACCCGAAGCACGCCGGCCACGGUGCAUUGCACCCAAGUGAAAUUUAACAGCACUGUUUUUGUUUGGCGCACGUUUUAUCCGAAGAAUGGUAAAUUUAAAGUGUGACUGAAUGAAAAUGCGAAAGAUGUGUUCGAUAUGGGAUCGUAUGAAAUUGGCGUGGCUUCGUGGUUUGUAGAUAGCCCGCGUGGAUGCCAUAGGAUUGUGUUACGUUCUGUAAUUACAUUGAUUAAGAAAUGUUAUUGACUUUUAUAAUAUGAUAAUUGGGAUGUAUACAUGUAUACACUGUACCAAGAAUUCAUUAUUAAUAUUAUUGAAUCAUUAUUAAAGUAAUUUGUAUAUAAUCGCGUGUCUUGAUAUGAUUCGAGGCUUCUGUUUACGUAGGUAUGAGUUUCCUUGCGUCGUAAUUUUAAAUUUAAUUUGUACCACUACUUGUAAAAUAUGUUCUGUGUCAUACUAAAUAAUUCAUAGUAAAUUGGACAUGAAUGUAUGGGCCUACGGCUAAAAUGUAAUGCACGAAAACUCUUGUUCAGCGACAUCGAGAAUAUAUUCCAGCUUCUGCCUGCUGACGUUUGAUUAUGAUAUUAUGUGAAUAGACAGAAACUGUUGGUGAGGAAUUAAUAGUGAAUUGGCGUGUGAGCGUCGCGGCAGUCGUGAAAAGUGAAGCUGUCAGAGAUGUAUGGCUGAAACAGUUUCUUAGAAUUUGUUGGUGUACGAGUUCUGUACACCGUCACUUUUCAUGAGAACUGAAGAAGAUUGUUUGGGCAAUUAUGGCAGCCGGAAUGAAAGCUGAGAAUUUUAUAUACAGGAUAAGUCGACAAAUGUAGUUGUUACCGAGACCUCUUUGAUGUGCCGUGAGGUUUAUCCUAAUGAUUAACCUUACUGUACAUUGUGUUAGCUCUAAUAGUAAUAGUUCAUGAUUCGCAGUGUGUAAAACACGCAACUUUGUCGGGUUUGUGAAGUGUGCUGCUUACAUUUCAUCCCUAAUUACAGAGGAAAUAAAAAAAGAGUUUUUAGGAA